CGCCUGCGCAGAGCGCGCGGCUCCAUUCGGUCGCGGUGCGGCCAUGGCGACGGUGGCGGAGCUCAAAGCAGUUUUAAAGGACACGCUGGAAAAAAGAGGAGCUCUUGCCCAAAUCAAAGCGAGGAUCAGAGCCGAGGUGUUCAAUGCCCUGGACGAGCGGAGCGAGCCGCGGCCGGCGCUGUCCCGGGAGAACCUGCUGAUCAAUGAGCUCGUCCGGGAGUACCUGGAGUACAACAAGUACAAAUACACGGCCUCUGUUCUGACGGCAGAAUCUGGCCAGCCUGAAGUCCCCUUGGAUAGACAAUUUCUUGCCAAGGAGCUGAAUAUAGUUGAAGAUGCAAGUGGAAAGUCAGUCAGACCUCUCCUGUAUGGAAUUCUCUCUCAUUUCUUACAUGGUGGUAAAGAAGAAGGUACCCAGAACAUUCUUCCAAAAGUGUCUUUACUGAAUUAUCCAAAGCAGAACUUUGGCAAACCACCUGCUGAGAGAAAUCAAAAAGACAGAAUUCCAGAAGCAGGAAGGAUGGCUGGCAUGAGCAUUGAAGAGCCUCUUAUUUUACAAAGUAUAAAGAGAUGACAUCUUUCAUUUUCUAAUUUCUCAUUUCAAGGUCUGUCAGAUUUGAUUUAGGACAUUCUUUAUUGCAUAAAUUUCUCCAAUAAAUCCAGUGGGACCAUUUUAGCCUGUAAUGUCUACUCAUGAGACAGGAUGAUGAGGUCAUACUUACUGUCAAUUUAAAAAAUGUUAGCAAAGCUCUCUUUGCCUUUCUCUUAUCCCCUGACAGAAGGAAAACUAUACAGAGAGUCCCACUAGUGAAUCCUGUAUCUAAAAUUGCACCUGAAUAUACUGAGUUUAUCCAAUACAUGUUUAUAUAAUAACUUAUCAUCUCUGCACUUGUAUCUUUGUGUGUUUUUUCCUGUGUUUCUGAAUAAAAUUUUUCAAUUUUA